CUGCCGUUCAACUCUUUGAGCCUAUCGCUGUUGAUUACUUGAUGGCUCGUCUGUGGUGAGAUCACAAGACGAUUCGCGCGCACCUGACCCGCAGGACGAAGGGUCAAGGAUGCCUCGAAAGUCCGGUGGCUUACACGCUGAGCUACGAUCUAUGACAGUUGAAACAACAGAGGAAAGUCUAUUGCCUCAAAUUGAGCAGCAACGGAAGGACUUCUGAACAGCAACGCAUUGAGCUCAUGGGGCUACUGAAAUAGCAAAUCGAACAAACAGAACUCACAAGGAAAUCGUGAGAGAUCUCAAGUUCAUGCGUGGCUGGAGAGCAUGGGAAUCUGCUCCAACUUGCGACAAGGAUGUCCGAGCAGCGUGCCCACCAUAGUGUGCUGUGGGAACGUGUCCCGAUGAUUCGCAGCGUCAUCACCGUUUCGCUUCUAGACCCGGCGGCUAGAUCAACAGGCUAUGAGCCCCCUUCAAUUCCACCGGCCAUGGCUAGCCAGCGAAAGACCGGAGGUCUCCGAGAACACCGCUUUGGCCGCGCAACGACGAAGUGGUGUGCCCGUUUCCCAAAUGUACAACAAGAGUUCGAUCUGAUCAUCCACAGGAAAGCGGGCCCGAGGCAUCACGAAAGAAGCGCCACAACAACAACUCCGAAGAAGCGCACGCCUUGAAGCUGCAAAAAAGCCUCAGUCGAGUGAGAACAGAAGGUCUAGACAAUGGGACUCCCUUGCCACCAAAAAGGCAAGCUUGCCUUCGUC